UUUUGGUCCUCAAAAGAUAAAAUUAAUUAAAUUAAUCCUCGAAAAAUAAUUGGGUUGGUCAAGUUCGUCCUUCCGUCAUUUCAGUGGCUGACGUGGCUAACGAUCACUAGCGUGGAACGUUAACUAACAGCAUGGCACACUCCAAAACGACAUAGUUUUAUUUGUUUUGACCCCAACCCGUAAUAUGAAGUCGUUUGAUCUCCAGAAUGAAUAUUCAAGCGUUUCUUUCCAUCACCACCUCUCGUAGCAACCAUGUCUCUGUUUCGCUCCAAAACCUCUUGUUUCCUCUCUUCUCUCUGAAGCUCUGCCCUAAGACACUUGCCAAAGAAUUGAACCUGCCUGUUCAGUUCACCAUUCUGCAAAACGACAUUUGCGGAAGGGUUCGCACUAACAGAGUGCAAAGUUGGAGGACUCACGGAGACCGAACACCAGUGGAAGAAGGCAUCGUAAAGAUGGAAAGUCCUGCAAUGAUUUUUGUAUUUUACUAUGGUGGAAAGUUUAAAAAAGAACGGGAUGGAUAUCUAUAUUAUGAGCCGGAUAAUACAGAGGUUGUAAUGUGCAAGGAUUGUAGAAGGUUCCUGGUGUUCUCCUUGACAAAGGGUUGAAGAGGCUAACCACGGAUGCCGACUGGAUUGUAAUGAAUGCCUCACCCAAACCAGCUGCAGCUGCAUGGCAUUUGUGCUAACUCCAAGUUUCAAGCCUCUAAGAAAGAAAGAUAAAGCCAUUUGCUUAGUAUCAUGUGUUUUGCUCCAUGGUUGUUGUCUAUGUUUUUAUACAGGGCUAUAUUUAUCAGGUUCCGUCUUAGAUAAGCGCAUAAUGAGUCUACCAGCAUAUCUAGGCCCUAAUGAAAAUAUAUCUUGCUCUUGCAUGAGAGUACUUAGAUUGUUACAACACCUUUGUAUAUGUUAAGUCCUCAUUGUCAAUAAUCUUUGCACAUACACAUUAACAUACACAAGUUUUGUAUAGUGAUUUAAAUUAGUUAUAUUUGGUGUUACCAAAAUGUAAUGACCAAUAAGGGUAAAUCAUAGCACUUAUUCCUGAGCCUCAUUUUGAGUUAUAAUUUCUAACACUCGGAUAAGGCUGCUUACAUGUUAGUGUUGUUUUAAUAUAAUGCUACCUAGUGUUUAACUAGUUAAUUACUUUGUCUUGCUUCUCU